UGAAAAAGUGUUCUUAACGUGGGAUGGAUGACUGCUUUGUCAUUAUCGUUUCAUGUGUCAUUUGUCAAUAAACCUACAAUCUCGAUUCUGUGCUUCAAGGGAGAAGCCUCGUUUUCAUUUUUGACAUUGGGAAAUGGAGCGCGAAGAUGGUAAAAAGAGUGAAGCAAGCUCCAUAGAGGAUAAUGAAGACGAAGAGGAUCCGUUUGAAACGAGGAUUGGGGGUUCUGGAUGCUCAAAAUAUCAUUAUGCUCUUCAGGAUUGCUACUUUGAAAAGAAAGAUUGGCGACUAUGUAAAGAAGAGAUGAAGAGGUUCAGAAAAUGUAUGAAUGAACAGAAGAAAAAAUGAUGUUUCUUGUUUUUGCAAUAAUUGGUCUUAAUAAGAAAUAUUUAUCUCUUUUUGGGAUCUAAAACAUUGUAAAAAGAAGGUUCAACAAAUCAUUGCUUGGUCAUCAAAGAUGCAAAGUAUGCAAGAAUAUAUUUCCACCUUAAUCAGAAGUUUUGGUCUUUGACCUUGAUUUAUUUGAUAUCUUAUUUUAUCUUUAAUGCAUCAAAUAAGUCUUAACAGCCAAUUUUCAUAGAGUUUUGUAGGUAAAUUUAUUGUCUGAUCUAAAGAUACUGAUGAUAAUGAUGAUGAAUUGCAGUUAACUUUUCUAAUGAGAUUUCUACAUUCCUCGCUUG